AUGUCGAUCCCCUCGAAACAGCGUGCCGUCAUAGUGGAGACUACCGGCGGUCCUGAAGUCCUCUCUUUCCGCACCGACCAUUCUGUACCGACGCCCGGCGAGGGCCAAGUGCUCGUCAAGAACGAAAUCUCCGGCAUCAACUUCAUCGACACCUACUUCCGUACUGGACUGUACCCAUCGCCCAAGCCCGAGGUCCUCGGCCGCGAAGCGGCCGGCACUGUUGCCGCUCUCGGUCAGGGCACAGAGAGCUCUUGCCUUAGCGUCGGUGACCGCGUGAUUUGGCUUGCCAACGCUGGAUAUGCCGAGUACUCUGCCGUCCCUGCUGACAAGACGAUCAAGCUUCCGGAUGGGCUGUCGUACGCGGAUGCGACGGCUGCGUUCAUGAGCGGACUGACGGUUCUGGCGCUGUCAAAGGAGACGUACGAGGUCAAGGAAGGAGACUGGGUUCUGCUUCAUGCUGCCGCUGGCGGUGCCGGCUUCCUCAUGACGCAGGUUUUGAAGCACAUCGGCGCCAAAGUUAUCGGCACAGCUGGGGGGCCGGAGAAGUGCGCCUUGGUGAAGAGUCUCGGAGCCGACCAUGUGAUCGACUACAGGAGCAAGGACGGCAAGGACUGGGUUUCGGCCGUUAAGGCGAUCACUGGUGGAAACGGUGUCGAUGUUGUCUACGACUCGGUGGGUAAGGAUACUUGGGAGGGAAGCCUUGAAGUGGUCAAGCGCAAGGGCACCGUCGUUUGGUUUGGCAACUCGAGCGGUCCAAUCCCGCCCAUGCCACUCAACCGCCUCUCACCAAAGUGUGUCAAGAUCGCUCGUCCGACGCUGUUUGGCUACAUUGCCACCCGUGAGGAGUUUGAGGAAUACUCGAACCUCCUCUUCGGUCUCCUCACAUCUGGGGCUUUGAAGGUCAAUAUCCACGGUUACUACUCGCUCUCAGACCUGAAGCAAGCUCACAAGGAUCUGGAAGGACGCAGGACUACGGGCAAGAUUCUGAUCAAGAUCACCCAGUGA